ACAUAAGAGAAGAAAUCUGGUAUGAUAACACUGAAAAAACAAUGCUGAUCAGUAGGGCCAGACUAGGUAUACUAGGAUUAAAUGAUAGAAAUAGGAUAAAAGGAGAAGAUACAAAAUGUUUAUACUGUGAGGAACAAAAUGAAAAUUUAGAACAUUUCUUACUUUACUGUCCAGCAUACAAUGAAAUUAGAAAUAGAUAUAGCUUUAUGCAGCAACCAUAUCAAGAAAAUAAAGAGGAAUUAGUAGCAAAUAUAAUCUUAUUGGUAGUACUAAUGAGGGAGGAAGUGGAGAAUAGGAAAGAUUUUAUAAAAGAAAUGUGGUAUUUCAGAGAGAAGAAGCUCAAGCAAACACAAACAAAGGAGGAAUAAAAGAAGCAAGGGAGCCGUUUCAAAGGCAUAUCCCACCCACUACUACUACUACUACUACUGAAUGACUGCAAUCACCACCGUUACUUUGUAGGUUGCGCUCUCCCCUAGAUUACAGCAUAAAUAAUGCCUGUAGUGGGUUUUCCCAUUGCAAAAUUGGGUACUCUUGUCAUUAAACAAGUGUCCAAACCACUUGCAAGCUUCGCGAAGAGCCGUGCGAAGAAUAACCACUUCUUCAGGACUUACGUCUUGAUGCCACCGGCGCAGUUUUAUCACUGGUGUGAAGUUCGAAUGAAAAUGUAUGUGAUGAACAUUACACGGUCCAAGGAGAGUGCACCAAUUCCGAGACUCAAUGAAGAAGCUGCAAUUGAGCUGGGAGCUAACUUAUUAGGUGAGGGUGUCAUAUUUGGAAUUGCUGCUAUCCUUGCUUUUGAAGUGAGUAGACAAAAGGAAAAAGAUAGAAAGAAAGAAGAGAAAGAAGCAGAGUUUAUAAAUGGCCUUGAAAAUCGUAUAAAUGAGCUUACAUUCGCCAAUGAAGAACUUGAUACAAAAAUGAGAGAAUUAACAAGAGCUGUUUAUGCAACGCAGCAUCAGAUACAGGUGAAAGGGAAGCCUCCUGAAGAACAAUCACUGAAGUUUGAUUCCAGGAAAGGUGAAAACACAUCUCAUGAAAGUGUUAUAAUAAGAGCAGUGAUGGAUGCAAGAUCAAAAAUCAGAAGUUGAGAUAUCCUCUUGAAUGUGCUGUUAUACAGUAGUUAAUUGCAAACCUUAGUUUCCAUGGUUAAGGUAUGCUAUAAUUGGGUCGCAAGAAUUGUGAAUUUGAUUUUGUAUGUAUUGAAAAAAUUGUGAUAAUUACCUGUAAUUAUUAUAUUUUACACUGCCAUUUCUCUUCAAAAUGAGCAGUUGUAGCUGUACAGGCAUUACAUAAUUUCAGCUUACACACUGUCUUUAACUUUGUCUAGUCAUAUUGAACUAAGUGUUUUUCAGUUUAAUCUUAGACCUUUAAUGGAAACCCAUGCAAAAGUUGGUGUUUAGAAAUUUUAUCAUUUGGAUGGAUCCAGUGAUUCCAAGACUUUCAAAACUAGCAAGGUAUUCCUGUACUACUAUGAGAUUCAGGGCCUCUGUAACACGGUUUUUCGCAAUAACUUUUUAUCUAUGCAUUUCAUAAAUAUAACGCUUAUUCAGAAUACAUAUUACAUCUACACAAAUUUUGACUGUAUUCUGCAUUACGUAGGUUGAAUAAAUUUGGUACUUAUAAUGUAAAAGUGACUUUUUUUGAAGACGGGCCAACUUACUCAGAGAAAAGGUUUCGAACGCACUCAUUACGUAACUUGUGACAGCAUUUCUUUCCUCUUUCUUGAUGGAUGAUUGGCUAUACGUAACGAAAGCUAAACCUCUGGCAACAAUGACAUACAAAUUUAAAUACAAGCAAAGCAGUACACCUUUAUGAACUCUAGAACCUCUCCACUGAUAAUUAUCAUAAUAAAAACAAAAACACUUCGAUUAUUAGUCUAACUUCCAAAAUAGGUUUCCUAAGAAAUUACAGUCUACUUUAUAGGUCACAAUCAGAUUGACAAGAUGUAGGGAAUAGUUGGUAAUUUUCAAAAACAUAGUAGACAAGCUUGAUUUGAUAACUGGUAUAUCCAGUGUCAAGCAAUUUUUAUUUAUUGGCUAUCUACCUAUUUACUGAAAAAAAAAAAAGAAA